AACAAACGAUAUCUAUUACAGAUACCCCAGCAGUGUGCAUUGAGACCACGCCGUUAGCAAGCCGGCAUCCGCUGAAGCAGUAUGUAAUAGAUGCCCCUGUCCCACCAGCAAACCGACGUCCACUGAAACAGGAAGUGAUUGAUACCCCAGCAGUGUGCAUUGAGACCACGCCGUUAGCAAGCCGGCCUCCGCUGAAGCAGUAUGUAAUAGAUGCCCCUGCACCACCAGCAAACCGACCUCCACUGAAACAGGAAGUGAUUGAUACCACUGCAGUCAGCAUUGAGACCACACCGUUAGCAAAUGAUGCACCACCCACAACCGAGUCGGUAACCAAUGCGGACAUUAUGAAAAUGCUAUCUAAAAUCAACGAAAGGAUCGACGGCGUGUUUGUAGUCGUUGACGAAUUAAAAAGCGAAAUCAAAACGCAGCAGGAACUUUCCAGAAAGCAAGAAAAAAAAUUAGCAACGAUCGACACACUAGUUUCGUGCAUUAACGAUACAAUGCAGCAAUGCGUAACGCGUCGCGGUGAAGACUUUGACGACGAAUUCACAUUUGAAAAAAUUUCAUCGGCCCAGGAGCUAGCUACUGUGGAAGAGAACCUAGCAAAUGACGAUUUUUUCAAAAAGGUAUUAAACUUUUUGCGCUCAUCCGUCCAUAGGGUUGACGUAAACAAUCGUUUGCACGAUGCACUCGAUAUUAUAUUCGAUAGAAAUUUCCUUCCACAGUGUGCUUGGAAAGGUGUACCACGGCUAGGGGUGCAAAAAAUUGCGAUGGUGGCCCAUCCUAAUAUUUUGAGGCUCUUUAAAGCAGUUGGUACUACCGAUUUAUGCAAAUGUACAGAUGUUAAGGUAGGAGAUUUUUUUCAAAACAAGCUAAAACACGCAAAAAAUCGCACAAAUCUGCAGGGUUUCAGGAAGACGAGCUGCCAAAAUAGGCGCAAACUGCCAUGAAACCCAUUUGUGAUGAAGAUAUAUUUUCAAACUGAAUUGAAGAAAUGAAUUAUUAGAAAUAGUUCGUUCGCUCUUUGUUUGUUUCUCUCUAACACCGAAAUAGAUAUGUCACAAGGAUGUUACAGGAAUGAAGUGUUUAUUAAGAAGCCAUGGUUAGAUUUUCUCGUUUAAUGUUAACCCAUUAUUCUUGAUUAAAAACAGUAAGACCGUGUAGAGAAAUUAUAUUAUAUUUUAUUUUCACAAACUAUACACAAA